GUGUCUUCAAAAGACAAUUAUUUUUAAUUCCCCCCCAUCCUAGCCUACAUGGUUUCAUCUUCCCAGAAUCCCUCAGUUUGAGCCAAUAUGGCGGCGCCUGGAAGGCAUGUAGGACGUUACGUCCAGAGAAGCUGUCGAUUUUUGUGUAAUAACUUCGAGCAGUUCUGGGGUCACAGGAAUUUUGGUUGGACAUCAGCUCUCCAUCAACAAGCUGCUGAAGCUAAUAAAGCAUUUGCAGAGACCAUUGUCAUCCCCAGGAAGAAAACAUGGAGCAAAGAGGCAGUGCUGGAGGCUCUGGCUUCAACUGUCAGCAGGGAUCCUACAUCACGUCCCUACCAGCUCCAGGAUGAUUCUUAUCUCUCUCCCAGGACCCCUAAUGAGUUUAAGAUGUACUCUCUCUCUCAGGAGUCUGGCAGAGCUGCAGCCAAAUACUUUAUCAACAACAAUCCUAAAUUCUUCACCAAAGAUUUUGCUGAGCCUCAUAUACCAUGUCUGAUGCCAGACACGGUGUCACCUCGUCUUGAGGAGACGAGUGAGGAGGCACUGAAGGAGCGAAUCAGCUUGAGGAAAGUUACAGCUGCUGUUGACAUGUAUGAUCAGCUACUGCAAGCUGGAACAGCAGUUUCUAUGGAAACAACCCAUGAUCUGCUGGACCUGAUCUGUUUCUACUGUGACAGAGACCCUGCCCAGGAGGAGAUGCCACAGACAGAGGGCAUGGAGGAUUCAGUAAAGGUGGCACCGAGGAGGAAAGGAAGGGUUCGUCGGGCUUCAGACUUGCUAAAGUUCACCUGGAGCGAAAGCAACAACGCAGAGCGAAUCUUUAACCUGCUGCCAGAGAGAGACACACGAUGUUACUCUGCUCUGAUCAGAGGCAUGGUGAAGCAUGGAGCCUAUGCAAAGGCCUUCAGCAUGUACACUGACAUGCUCAACAACAGACUGACUGCUGACGUCCACAUCUUCAACAAUCUGAUCUCAGCAGCUCCACAUGUCAGAGACAGCUACAAUGAGAGAUGGGACCUCAUCACUGAGCUGCUGAAACAGAUGAGUGAACAGAAGGUUCGGCCCAACCUGCACACCUUCAACAGCGUUCUGAAAGCUCUGAGACGCUGCGGUGCUUUGGGCAGAACACAAGCUCUGAUGACUCUGAACGAGAUGAAGGCUGUGGGAAUAGCUCCCAGCCUGGCUUCCUUCAACCACCUUCUCACAGUCUUUUACAGAUCAGGCUCCAGUGAGCUUCACAGCACUAACAUUUUACAGGACGUGAUGUCAGAGGUGGAUGGAACCAGCUUCACCUGCCAGGACCCUGAUGAUGUUCUGUUCUUCUCUACUGCAAUGAGAAUAUGUCUGGAAAAUAAAGAUCUAGAGUUGAGUUAUAAAGUCCAUAAUCUAGAAGAGGUGGGGGAGAACUGGAGGAUGCUGGGAGAUUCCUAUCAGCAGACUCUUUACUAUGGUUGGUUCUUCAGCCUGCUGUGUAUAAUGGAGCACAUUGACGUGGUGCUGAAAUGGUACAGACAGCUCGUUCCUUCGUUGUACUACCCAAGCGCUCACGGAAUGAAGGGGCUGCUACAGGCUCUAGACACAGAUAGUCGCCUUGAUUUGCUGCCUACUAUAUGGAAAGAUAUCCGGUCUCUGGGUCAUAAUAAUAAUUUGGAUCUGGUGGAGGAGCUGCUGACCCUGAUGGCCAGAGACCAACACAGUCCUGAGUGUCAGGAGUCCUUUGCAGCAUGUGCUUUGGAUGUAAAGAGUGUGUUUGGCAACAGAGGGAGUUCGGGUCUGGAGUGGAGCCCCUCCGCCCUCUCACACAUUACCUCCCUGCUGCUGCGAGGCAACAAAACCCAGCAGGCCUGGGAGAUGCUGCAGCUCUUCAAAUCUACAAACAGAGUUCCGUCUGAGGAGCUGUUGAAGGACUUCCUAACAGUGUGUAGCAGGGACGGCUCCCCACAGAAAGCAGUGGAGCUUGUUCAGCUGUCUGCAGCCUUUUGUCUGCCAGCAACAUCAGUGCUGGCAAAGCAAACACUGGCUGAGUUUCAUCUAACUGAUGAGCAAAGAGCCAUUGUGUCUGAACUGGAAUCUGCAGGAGAGCCCUCUGACUAAGUGAGCAAACACUGGGUGGACCGUAACGACGCCGAUAACUGACAGAUUCACAGUUUAACUGUUUCUGUAUCUGUGUAAUAAAUGUGUGACAGUCUAAA